AUGCGCGCCGCCCUCCUCGUCUCCUUGGCCUCCGGCGCCCUUGCCGCCCGGCCCUUCCUAAACGAGCCGGACACCGGCAUCGAAGCCGUCCUUGGUGACACCCCCGAAGGCUCCCUCCCGGAUCUGGACGGCCUGGUUGGCCUCCCGGACUUUGAAUGGGUUGCCCGCCGUUAUCUCCCUCUGGUCAACUACACCUACUACCAGAACGGUGCCGCCGGCGAGUGGUCCGCUCGGAACAACCUCGAGGUCUUCUACCGCUAUCUGUGGCGCGCGAGGCAGAUGACUGAUAUCACCGGGCUGCCAGAUACUUUUCAUCCUGACUUCUUCGAAUUCUGUACAGAACUACCAUCCUCGGCCACAACUUCUCUGCCCCCUGACUUUGGCCAUGUCAACGGAGAGCUGAACCUUGUUAAAGGGGCUGCCGCGGGUGGUAUUCUCUACAUUGUAAGUGUCUUCACCCCCUGGCCUCCCUACUCCACGAUGGUCAUGGGCAUCGGUGUCAUAGGUGUACUGUGA